AUGGUUUCGGUCUCCUGGGGAGGUGGUGCAGGCUUUGGACGUGCCAGUGGUGGCUUUGGCAGCGGAAGCCUCUAUGGUUUAGGAGGUGGUGGUGGCUAUGGAGCUGGCGCCGGUGGCAUCAAUGAGGUUACCAUCAACCCAAACCUCCUGACACCUCUUAACUUGGAGAUUGACCCCACCAUCCAGAAGGUGAGGAAGGAAGAGAAGGAGCAGAUCAAGACACUCAACAACAACUUUGCCUCCUUCAUUGAUAUGGUAAGUUUCUCUCUGGAUGCCAUCCUAAAAACUUUACGCUACUUUAAAACAAGUUCCUGCCUGCUACUGUUUAAACAAGCUCUACUGACAAUAUAGGGCAGCUGUUUUCUUUCCCUGCUUACUAUAUCCUACCAACAUUUCAUUGCUAGAAAUAGACACAGCCGUGUACAGUGGUAGUUCGGUUUUCAAAAGUCUCUGCUGAUGAAAAUUUUGGUUUUCGAAUGCCGUAAACCCAGAAAUAAAUGCUUCAGUUUUUGAACAUGUCUCGGAAGUCGAACAUGCCAUGCGGCUUCCGUAUUGAGUUUUCCGUAUUGAUUGUUCGGUUUUCAAACAUUUCAGAACUCGAACGGUCUUCCAGAACAGAUUACGUUUGAAAACCAAGGUACCACUGUAUUUGUAGAGCAUACUUGCUUUCACAUCAUGGAUCCUUUCCUGAUGGUUGGUCAGAGAUGGGGAAGAACUACAAAUCCCAUUAUCCCUGGUUAUGAACAAUGGCAGCUGGGUAUAAUGGGAACCAAAGGCUCCGCACACCUGCUGUAGUUGGAUCCAGUUUCAUUCUCCUGGUGCAGUGCAUUGGCACAUGAUGCAAGAUCAAAUUCUCUAACACUGAAGGUCUGGUUCUUCAGCUAAAACAAUGGAAAAUGUUUAGAUAGCUUUGUGUACCUUGCAUAGUGUUCAGCCUUUGCUUGUCUUGUGAGAAAGACCUAGAGAUGAUGAAAUUUGAACAAGGUGCUUCCAGUUCAUACCUCAAGCUCUUAAAAUGCUUUAUCCACUUGUGAAAUAUGUGAGAGUAAAGGAGAAUUUAGCACGGGAUUGCUAGGAAGAAAUGAGAACAUGAAUAAAGAUGGAGGUUGUAGUUGAAAGACCAGGUAGCCGUGCAACAUAUCAGACUCCACUGUUUGGUACCUACCAGCAGAUGAGAGCCCAAACUUCACCAUGCUUUUUUUUUUUUUUUAAAGCAAGCAAUAGACACAAUAAGAUGCAUGUGUCAAAAGGUAACACUUCCCGGUUUCAUUCCUACAUCUUUCCAUUUAUCCACCAUCUGCAAAUCUCAUGGACCUUAUGAAUCAUUUGAUACUAGCCACUCUUUGAGCUGCUAUUAAUACUAACUCACUAGGUACAACUGCCAGCUUCCUGUAACAUUUUCUAUGUAAAGUAUUUGCUGUGGCAAUCUCUUGCAAUCUAUUUAAAAACAGAAGGGAAAGAUGUCAGGAUAUUACCUCCUUUGAAGGUGGUAUAGCUUAGCAACCCAUAUUUCAAGAGGGAAGCUGUUCCACAACAGGGGCUGCCACACUGAAACCCCUGCUUUAAGUUACUUGCACAUACUGCAGCAAUCUGACUGAAGGCAAAAGACUGUAAAAUAGACAAAUGAAAAGGAGUCUGUCAGUCUUCUCCUUAGCUGACUGCCGAUGCUCUAAAUGUGAAGCAAAAUCUCAGUCAGGUGAAAAUCUUAUUUAUUUUCGGUCACAUGUCAAAAGUCAGUCUGGCUGGGCAUCUUCUGAGGGCCCAAACUCCAGCAGUCCCCACCCAUGACAAAAGCCCCCGAACCUCCUCUGCCUCCUCUUCUUCAGCAUUGCAACCUGCCAGCGUUCACCCACCUUUCUCUCUGGCCCAAACGGUGGUGGAGGUGCUGAGAGAGAGAAGCAGUGGAUGCCCCUGCCUACUUGCUUACUGGCUCUUUUCCAGGAAAGCAAGCGGGUGGCAGGUAGCAAUGGGGGAGGAAGAAGGAGCAGAUGAUGACAGAUGGCGAGGAGGUAGAUUCAUGGAGAGAGGGAGCAGGGCAUGGAGAGUGUUCUUACCAGGGCCAACUUAAGACCUUUAGAGGCCCUAAACACUGAAAAGAUUAUGGUGCCCACCAUGUGCAAUUCAAAAUAAAAAUAAUGCUAACCAGUACAAUAAUGUUUUAAACAAACAAAAAACAUAUGUUUAUUGCAAACCAUAAAUCAUAAAAGGAAUUAUAAUCACUCUUAGCUUCAGCAAAUAUCAGUAUUCAAACAGGAAUGUGCCUACUUUUUUGCACAUGGGUUCCAUCCUUCUACUUUAUUCUGGUGAAAGACCCAAAGAUUAAUGUGGCAGGUGACAGAUGGUGAUGGGAGGCUGUGAAAUAGGUGGGAAGGUCUUUUCUUCCACUCAUCCAGUGGUAAUGAGUCACUCAAUUUCCCCCUCCCUCCAACAAGUAUGAAGAGGAGAUCAACAAGCGCACAGGUGCAGAAAAUGAUUUUGUGGUGCUCAAGAAGGUGAGUGGGUUUCCAUGAGGCAAGAACCUUGACUGAACUACAUAACUGGGAAACAGGGGCAAAGCAACUGCUUAUAUAAAUUUCUGAAAGCCUGGGCCACUCCCAGCCAACCUGACUGGCUGUCUAAACUUCCAAGUUGCGAAUCACAACUCAGAGUUCAAGGGCCAAUGGCAGAGGCCCCAAUCCUGAAACGUUCUGUGAUUGGACAUCCUGUAUCGAAUGACAGCAAAGGAUCUCAGAAUCCUUAGUCCACAUUCAAGCUCAGGCAAACACAGACUACUGAAUUCAUAACAGUAACUUCAGCACAUUUGCCACAGAGUGAUGGGGCCACCGCUUUAAACAAAUGCAUGCUUUAACCCUUGUACUUUUAGGGGAAACUUGUGGUUUCGUUUUGGCUCUCACAUCUGCUGUGGUGUUCAGCCCUUUGAUCUUUUUCUCUCUUUCCAGGAUGUGGAUGCUUCCUUUAUGAACAAGGUUGAGCUGCAAGCCAAAGGGGAUUCCCUGACUUAUGAAAUCAACUUCUCGAGAGCUAUGUUUGAGGAAGUAAGAACUCAUUCUAGUCUUUUCAGGGAGAAAGAAAGAAGACUGUAGCAACAUGAACCAAAACCAGCUCUGGUUGACAUUUUGCAUCUUCAAGCAUUGGUUGCUACCAACAAGUUCACUCUCUGGGCCUCUACUCAGAUGGCAUCCUAACAGAGAGGAAACCAUCUCCUUGUGGCUUAAUCCUACACUUCUCUGCUGAAGUCUAAAUCAGGGAUGGGAAAUCUCUGGCGUUCCAGAUAUUGUUGGACUACAACUCCCAUCACCCCUCACUAUUGGCCAUGCUAGCUGUGGCUGAUGUCAUCUGGAGUCUAGCAUUAUCUGAAAAGCCACAGGAUUCCCCAACCCUGAUCCUAGAGGGAAGGAGCUGUGCAUCAGAGUGAAUGCAGAAAUCACAUGACUAUACUAGCCUUUGAAGGAAUUGCAUCAUUUGUCCAGCUAGCAUGAAUCUUCUUUUCAUAUACAGUGGAAUCUUGGUUCUCAAACUUAAUCUGUUCCGGGAGUCUGUUCAACUCUCAGAACUGUUCGAAAACCAAGGUGCGGCUUCCGAUUGGCUGCAGGAGCUUCCAGCACUCAGGUGGAAGCCGCGUUGCACAUUCGCAAACCAGAACACUUACUUCCGGGUUUGCUGCGUUCAGGAGCCAGUGAUACAGUGGUACCUCAGGUUACAUACACUUCAGGUUACAUACACUUCAGGUUACGGACUCUGCUAACCCAGAAAUAGUACCUCGGGUUAAGAACUUUGCUUCAGGAUGAGAACAGAAAUGGUGCUCCGGCGGCACGGCGGCAGUGGGAGGCCCCAUUAGCUAAAGUGGUGCUUCAGCUUAAGAACAGUUUCAGGUUAAGAAUGGGCCUCCGGAAUGAAUUAAGUACGCAACCAGAGGUACCACUGUAUUACUGGAAGGCCUUGAAACUAGACCACAAGGAAUCAGUUCACACACUCUUGUGCUAACAUGUGGAUCAGGUCUGAAUUCUGAUUUUGCUUCCUUUUUAGAAAACAUUCAAAUUUUAAAAAGAACAAAAGUAAUAAUAAUAUACAUCUCAAUAUAAUAAUGUUGCAAAUAUUAUAAUAAAAAGACACACUUAUCAAAUAUGAUUUAAAGAAAAGCAAUAAGCCAUCAAGCAAAAGCCAGAUAAUUCCAUCAACCUUCUUUCUAUGAAUGCAGUUUUUAAAAGUAGUGAAUAGAAGGAAACCAUAGGCUUUCAAAAUACCCAGUAUUUUGCUGGCUUUUAUUAUUUUGUAUCUGUCAUAAAUAUAGGGGUUGCUCGUGCGUAAGUUGCCGCCACUCCUGGCUAGGUUGCCUUGUUAAACCUUUUCUGUCUGGACAGCCCUUCACUUCGUGGCUGCCUCAGUCGCUAGCAGAAUCCGUCAGUGGGCGUUUCUUAAACCUUUUCCAGCAUAAAAGCUGUUUGACCCCAAGUCUCCUCCUACUCUCCCUGCGCGGAAGUCUUCUGCGCAGGGAGGGUGUGGGUAGCGGAGGACCCGUGCUCUCCCCGCUGGUCUCCGGCGAGGAGUCCUGGAGCCCCCUCGCCGAUCCCCCAUCUGCCCCCCUUUAUCCCUGGUGUUACGCUGAUUUCCUUCCCCAGCUGAUGAGCUGCCUCUCUCCCUGCUGGGCCCCUCUCCAGCAUCGCUUGAGAGCCUCGCCUCCGCCUCUGGCUCCGAUGUCAGUUCCCUGACAGUAUCACAGUGCUGGAGUACCAAAUAGGCUGUGUAGGCAUAGGCAUAUGGGCCCCAAGCCUUUUAGGGGCCCUGAGACAACAGAUCAAAAAAACCUUGAUAGAAAAUUGAAAUCAAGCUUUCUUGGUUCAAUGCUAUCCCAGUAGAGCAUGAGCACAAUGGAGGUGGACUGCAAUUUCAACUGCCAUGCGGUCUCUACAGGGCUUAACCCGGCACUGCUAAAUCAGUUUUGCCAUUUCAGCAAUUUUUACAACAGCAUCAUUGCUGUUCUGCUAGCGAAGCUGCCCUAGAAGUAUACCUCUUGCUCACUACUGAAAUCUUGUUUCUUACUUAAUAUGUUGCUCAGAUGCCAUAAUAAAAUACAAUCAGGACUGAAAGAUGAAUGGAUAGACAAAAUACAAAGUUAGGCCUGACAUCGAACCAACCAAGCACCAAAGAAAUCUCUUGAGGUGACUGCAUCCUCAAUAUUAGCAAGAAUAGGACUUUUUUUUCCAAGCAGGGUUGCAGAUUGUUCUAGGGCCGCUGUUCUCAACCAGUGGGUCGCCAGUGUCGGACUACAACUCCCAUCAUCCCUGAGCUCUGGCCUUGCUAGCUAGGGGUGAUGGGAGUUCUAGUUCAACAACAUCUGGGGAUCCACAGGUUGAGAAAGGCUGUUCUAGGGUUUCACUUUUCCAUCUAGUACUGUAGAGAUGAGGGAACCCUCCAGACAUUGCUAGACUACCACUCCCAUAAUCUCUGACCCGUGGCCAUGCUGGCUAGGAUGAUGGCAGCUGCAGUCCAGCAACAUCUGAAGAGCCAAAGGUUCCCCAUCUCUGAAAUAAGCUUCAGGCUGCAAAGUUUCCUUGCUCAGUGUGGACCAGUGCUUGAAUGUGGUAGAGAUGUGGGUGUCUUUCACCUUGGUAAGCCCUCUUUCUUCAACUUUUCCCCCAUGUAGGAAAUAGCCCAGUUGGUGGCCUACAUUUCUGACACCUCUGUCGUUCUCCAAAUGGACAUCAACUGA